AUUCACGAUGGUUGUGUUUUGAACCGGAGGAUCCUCGUCGCCAGUGACUGAUUCAUAAAGUUUAUCAAUAAAAAAGUGCAUUAUUGGAUCUAACCCGUGAAAUUAUAACGCAAGGAUUACAUUUAUUCGAAAAUUUAAAAAAAAAUCGGAAAUUAACAAUUCAAGUAGUUGGAAACGUGCUACUCGGUACUCCACAACCUAAUAAAAACCGCACGCACAUACACUUUGAAGUUCAAAAGCUUCCUAGUAAUUCAACAAUCUACUGCGUUUUGAACGCACAAUUGAAAAUAAACUACAGACUAGUGUGAGUGACUUCAACACAGUUAGCAAUACGCACACACCCAAUCAGCUACUUCAACGGCAGUGUAAACGGUGCCUGCUGCGUAGAGCGGUCGAUUCAACAUCAUUUGACCGCCGAACGUCAACGAGUGUAGCUCGCGUGAGUGAUAAGAGGUGUACAUUGAGAGAGUGUACUAGGUGACAGAAUCAUAAAGAGCGAAAUAGAGAGAGAGAGCGAAAGGAAGGAAGCACUUCAAAGAGAGACAGGGAGUCCAAGAUGUGAGUGAAGACCUCAGCAUAGAAUUCGUUCGGUUACGCGCGCACUCAAUUUUGUGCUUCAUCAACAGUGCUUUCGUUUGGUGUGUAUUUUUUUUACUUGCUUGUUUCGACAAUCGGUGCUCUGUGUGUUUACCGCCCGAAGAGUGUACGGCGGCCCCGGCCGAGAAUGUGCAUUAGUGUUCGUUGAAGAAGAGGCUUUACGGUGUUUUUAAAUUGGGGUUGCAGCGCUAAGAAAUUGUUUUUGUUUUUGUGUUGAGUGAGGAGCGAUGGAACGGAAUAAAAAUUUAAUUUUAUGUUGAAGAAAUUAUGUGGAUGGAAACAUAUUUGAAGUUUGAAAAAUUGGAUUACGCUGGUUUUGGAUUACACAAACUGUUGGAUUAGCCGCGGAAUCGAGUAAGGAUAAUAUCAAAAUGACCGGAGAAGUAGCGAAGAUGACCAAGAUGACUACGGUUGUCAGCGGUCCCGAGUCACCCUACAAACCGAGCCGGAUUCAUCUGAGCUCGGUGAAUCCGUACAUCACGUGUAACCUAUGCAAAGGUUACCUGAUCGAUGCUACCACCAUCGUUGAGUGUCUCCAUUCGUUUUGCCAUAGCUGCAUUAUGAGACACUUACGGACGGAACAGUACUGUCCCCAGUGCGAGAUGAUGAUAAACAAAGCGAAACCGAACAUCAAACCAGACGCUACACUGCAAGCCAUCGUCUACAAAUUAGUUCCCGGCCUUUACGAAAAGGAACUACUCCGGAAGCGUGCUUUUUACCGUCAAAAUCCGGAGAUGGCUGCCAUCGCCACACCGGAACAGCGUGGUGAAGACACCGAGCAUCUGAUCUUCAGCCCGAGCGAAGAGUUCCAACUGUCACUGGAAUACGCCGACAAGGAGCUGGCAGGAAACAACGAGGAGCUCAAACGACCGAAGUAUCUGCAGUGUCCGGCCAUGGUUCGAAUUGCCUACCUGAAGAAAUUCAUCAUCAACAAGUACAACAUUCCGACGCAUCUGUACUACGUUGAAAUCAUGUACAAAGUGCAAACAAUCACCCUGCCGGAUCACUACACUCUGAUGGAUGUCGCUUACAUCUACACCUGGAAGAAGAACGAUUCAAUGGAAUUCUUUUUUCGCAUCCGAACCCACGAGAUGAAAUCGGUCGAGCUGCCGGAGGUACCCCUGCGGAGGUCUCCCAGCAUCUCGACCGGACGCCAGAGCAGCACCAGUGCGCUGGCCACCAUCAAAGAGGAAGAAAACGACGGUGCGGAUAGCGUCGCUCUCAUCAAACCGAGUGACAUUAAACGCGAAGAGCCGAACCUGUCGGAUGGCGGCGAUGGCAAACCGGGUGAAACUACAAUCACAACAACGACGACGACGACGGUUACGUUGAUGACGAUGACGACGACGACAGCUACGACCAACGCAGCAUGGACCGCUGGCGGUGGCGGUGGUGUUGGUGGUGGUGGUGGUGCCGGUUUGAGUGAGUGCAUGGUGGAUGUGAAACCGAACGUGACCGCGCUCGGAAAACAGCAACAGGAAAAUUGUGGUGGCAGCAGAGGCACUGGCGGCGAGAGCAUCGUCAGUGGUGCCGCUGCUGUUGCUGCUGCUGUUGUCUCUGCCGAGCCGCCGCCCAAGGUGAAGAAGAACGAAUCGAUAAAGCUGAAAAUAGAAAUGAACAAAAACACUUAUGUUAGUAUCCUGCAAAGUCCGCAGCCGGAUACUGGCAGCAGCAAGCACCACAAAUCUGAUAAGCCGGAAAAGGUGAAGAAGAAGAAAUCGGAGGACAAGGACAAAAGUGUCAAUAAGAUUAAAUCGUCUAGUGAUCUCAAGAUUAAAAUAGAAAAGGUGAAAGAUGGGUUAGUGACCGUCAAAAAAGAUGGCAAAAGUAGCAAAAAAGGUCCAUACAAAGUAGAACUCAGUGGUGUUAGUGAUUACAGAAACAAUAAUAAACCAUUCGGGGGUGAGUUUGAUGCAAAGAAGGCGAAAAAAGAAGCUCACAAAUUGGAUAAAAGUGUUAAAAAAGCUAAGUCUCCCAAGCGGUUGGAAAUCGAUAAGAUUCAACCUCCGAUAGUUUUGAAAAUCGAUCAGAAAAGUCCCGAACUGUCGACAUCCUCUUUUAAGAUAGUGUCCCAGCCAGUCGCGUCAUCCUCGCCGAAACCAAAAGCUGAACUCAGUUUGGAGGACGAAAAAUCACAGUUCCUUAAUUCGUUCGAAUUGACACCAAUCAAGUCAGUUCAGAAUAAUCAAUCCCGGUCUCCCUCGUGCUCCCCCGGUUCGUCCAGUUCAUCGUCAUCUUCUAAUGUUGAAACCAAGCACAACGGCAAACGUAAGAACAAAGAUCAAUCAAAUGGUAGAACUGUCGUUAAGAAACCUAAACUCUCCGACGAUGAGAUGAAAGCUCUGGUGGAAAGAACGGUACAGCAGAAUAUCAAAUCAACUGCGGAUCAUAUCGUGCCACCGCUAGUUUUAACUACUUCCAAACACGUGAAGCAAGAACUGGAAAGUCCUCCUCUGAAGACUUCAGUGUCACAACCGCAACCGGUACCGAUAAAGGUCGAGCCUUUGGUCCGAGAACAACCGUCUGCCGGUCAGGAAGUCAAACCGAAACCAUUUGACUUUAAGCCACCGGUUAUUCUGCCACCUCCGGUGGUCACAACCAGCAACAUCCCGGCUCCCAAACCCGCUCAACCUGUGAUGAUUGCUCCGAAACCUCAAGCUGAUACUCCAAAGCGACCAGCAGUGCCUUCAUUCCCAAAACCAAUACAACCAGCGAAAAAACUACCUCCUCUGCUACCGAAAGACAUCAACUAUCUUAAAAGUAGCAAACAGAAACAACUGGAAAUGAAACGGCCCCAUCCGAAUGUACCGAUUCACAUAUCUCCGAACAAGGAAACCGAAAUCAGUCAAAUCAAACCGGAAAAUGCCAGAAAAAACAUCAAAGUUUACGGGCCCCCUUCGGAUGCGGGCAACUUUGCGAUGCCUGCCGCAAUGCCAUCGGUUUCGAAACCAAAAUCCAACAAAAAUCGACCACUCAACUAUCUGAACUAUGCUCUGAUGAACGCCAACAAAGCUCCGGCCGGCUCGCGAACCCCGAUCCCCUCGUAUUCCAAUUCGCCCAGUUACUCACCGGACUCGCCCCAGUACAAUCCGAACUUCAACAUCUCGACCAAACAGUAUAAAUAUGCAAACCCACAUGCCUAUGCUAACUUCUUGCAAAAUAUGCUAAACGAUCGCAAAUCUAGCAAUGUGUCGCCUCCGUCGCACGAAAAGAAAGUCGAAAGUCCGAUGAACGAAAGGAAGAGACCGUGUCCCAGUCCUCCGGAGGGUCGGCUUGAGCCACCGGAAAAACAACCGAAGGUUCAGUCUUUGCUUAAUCAAAUCAAUAUUCCCUCCUCGCUGUCGAUCACACUAGCAACGGAAGAGGACGAAGCGGCCCGGGAAAAGGCACGCAAAAGUCAACCGGAGGAAGAUAAAAAUUAUAUCGAAAUUCUCAAACUGCCAGAAAUUUCCAUCACGGAAGCAGAACGCACAACACCACCGAAAGUGCAACAUGAGCCAAGUUUGAAGAAAACUGCCAAAAGUACUAGUCCACUGAAAGCCGACAAAAGCAAGGCUCAAACUGACGGCACCAAUGCUAGUCCCGAGCUGGACAGUGCUUCGUUCCAGCAAAAAUUCAUCCAGUCAAUUCGAGUCGAAAAAGAACCCAAGAGCAAAUCUGGCGGCAACAGGCAGGAGAAAAAAUCUUCACCGGUGUUUACGCCGCCAACCUCACUGCCGAACGGCGGAAACGCAUUCAAACUUCCGAAUGCGACCGUUCUCAGCAACGGAAUCGUGAAACUAAACUCCUAUCCCGAACUAGAUCUCAUCAACAAAAACAACACCAGUCCAGGCUCGCGGCCUCUGCCUUCACCGCCGAAACCGAACACCUCCAAACACGUCCCGAUCGCUCCGAAACCAACGGGAACUUUCUUUCCACCGACGGGGACACCUUCUAUUCCACCACCAUCCAACCGGAAAAGUCUAUCGCCACCGGUUCUUAAACCAUCGUUGUCACCGGGCCAGCCUAAAUCGAAAACUCCUCCGGCGAUGUCUAGCUCACCCUCGCACGCUGCCCUAGCCGCCAUGGGUCCGAUGUUCGGCCUGCAAAUGAAUCAGGACAAUGCAAAUUACAACCAAUCGAAGAAACUGGAACCGAAAGUGAAAAAAUCUUCCCAGAAAUCACCGAAAACCAACGCACUGGAUCUAUCGUCGCCUAGCGGUUCAGCAGCGACGGUUGCUGCAGCACCAGCACCAGCCUCGGCAUCGGCACUGCCACCGCCGCUGGUGGACAAGUCCAAGGACGCCAUGAAUAUGCUAAUGAUGAACAACAAUCUAAGCAACGCGCAAAAGUUCCAGGUUGCCAACUAUCUGAACGAGGUGGCCAAACUGAACAACAGUGGCAUGAUGAUGCCCCAGAUGGUCGGUUUGCAGCCGAAUCCGCUGCUCAAUCAGAUGAUGCAAGCCCUCUAUCUGCAGCAGUGGACCCGCAUGACCAAGGCAGGCAGCGACAAUCUGGAGAAAUGAGAUUUGGCGAAAGUUGGCUCAUGGGUUUCGUAGCAGCCUCGUCGUCCACCAGCAGGACGGUGAUUGUGAUAGAUGCGCGACUACGUAAUGCGGACUACUCUUCUGACAGAUGAACGACGACGACGACGACGACGACGGUGGCGGUGGCGACCAGCGCGCAUCCUGUCGCAGGCAUCGUCGCCAGUAAAUCUUUAACCCAUUAUUUAUUGGAUUAUUUGUCGGUGGUAUUUUUCCGAAAAUUGAAACCUCAUGCUGCUGCCAGGUCCGCUCGAAGCGACGUUGAGGAUGAGGAGGAAGCGCAAAGCAGACACAAGACUACACACACAUCAUGUAUACGCUUAUAAUACGGCUCUGUAAAUUCAUCUCAGUGUUUGUGAUCGUGGCUGUAAAUAGUGAAGUUGUUUAUGUGAGAAAGAGAGAUGGAGAGUCCAGGGCAAAACACCGUCUGAUGACGACGACGACGACAAACGCGGCAGUGACUAUGGGAGAAUCGUUUCUUCAGCUGAUGUCUAUAGAUUGUACAGUAAUUUAGGAGGGAAAAUCACCGAGCAGCGAGAGAGAGAGAAAGAGAGACACAGACAGAGAAUGAGAUAUAACAAUAACAGUAUUUUUUGCUGGCAUUCGUUAAUGUUGAGUUAAUUCUCACAAUUUCACAUCAUCUCGUCACUUUUUUCCCUAUUUAGGUCUUUCUCGAAGCUCUGUAAUCUCGCACCACGUUUGCUAGGGGCAUUUAUCUUUGUUUACAUUGCCGCCAAAGUCGUGUGCUCGUACGUGUGUUGGUUCCACUUGGAACAGCAAGGCGCGUGGUAUGUCUUGCUACAGGAGUAAGCUCUAGGUUCGGGUAUUGGCAUUUCGGAAUCGUCUGUUUUCGGUUACGUUUUUCUUUCAUUUCUCAGCCUAGUAAGACACAUUUUGAGCGAAGAUACGGUAGCAGAGUUUAUUAUUAGGUAACGGAACGGAAAGCAAAACUGAGGAAAAAGGACAACUUUUAGGACUGUUCUGUUGAUUAAAUUUUUAAACAAUGUGUAUGUGUUGUACAGCUAGACGUAGGCUUCUAAUCGAUAAGUGAAAUUGUAAAUAACUGAGAUUUAUGUGAACUCACACAUAUGGGACGAUCAAACUAAGGUCAAAAUGUGAGAAAUUGUUGAAGCUAACAUUUUGUUAUAUUUAUUUUUGUUUUCAUUCUGUUAUAUUUUUCUGAAACUUUCGAUGACUCAGCUAGAUAGGCCAGAUAUAUCAAAAUAACUUAUAUUUUUAAGAGAUAACAAUACGGUAUGUGUAAAAUGAUAAUAGAAUAUAUAUAUAUAUAUGAUGAUGUAUAUUUGCGAAACGAAUCCAGUAUAAUACAAUAA